AUGACGCCACAAACGGUGGACUCGCCAAGAGCAUCGAGUGAAGAAGAAGGUCUCCCUUUCCUGGCGCAUACCACAGCAGUCGGUGAAAAGAAAAAGCCAUGGGUGAUAAUGGUAGUACUCGCCUUCGCACUCGUAGCCAUCAUCGAUAUGGGCGCCUUCCUUGCCGAAGCCCCACGAACACGCGUAUACGAAGCCAAUAUCUGCCUACGCUAUUAUCGAGAGAAUGACCCUUCAGUCGUUGGUGUGGACGGUGCUAUACUUGAGAAGCUGUGCAAGGUGGAUGCAGUGCAGCAGGAGAUGGCUAUGAUCUUUGGCUGGCAGGAAAUGUUCGACGCCAUUCCUAGCAUCUUCCUCGCUAUCCCGUUCGGCGUACUGGCAGAUAAAGUGGGUAGGAAGUGGAUCUUCACUGCGAGCUUGAUGGGGCUACAGCUGAACAGCGCCUGGGUGCUAGGCAUCUGCUACUUCAAGGAUCUCCCCCUCCAAUUGACUUGGCUGUCUUCGGUGUUUUACUUUAUCGGCGGCGGGCCCAUUGUGGCGGCAGCCAUUGGCAUUACGAUGAUCUCUGACAUCGCGCCUCCCGAGAAACGAACGACUAUAUUUCUGUACUUGACAGCCUCAGUCCUAAUUGCUGAGAUAGUAGCGCCCAUCAUGUCUGCGCGUCUGAUGGAGAGCGGAGACUGGUACCCCCUUGUGCUGGCACUGAUAUUUCAGCAGGCCGGUGUACUGCUCGCUGUGUUCUUUCCUGAGACACUGCAUAUGCGCGAGGAACCCAAGCACGAGCAGACCAACACGAGAGUGGUCCAGACACCGGCGACGAGCCAUGCCUUCAGUCCUGGUCAACAACUACGACACUUUCAGGAUGCCUUUCAGUUCCUGAAGAGCGACCGCACCUUGGCACUGGUUGUCUUUACAUUCAUGGCGAACAGACUGGGCCGGCAAGGCAUGACAUUACUUGUGCGUUAUGCAUCGAAGCGCUACGGUUGGGAAAUUAAACAGGCUGCGUACCUGUUGUCAUUCCGUGCAGCCACCAAUCUGGCGGCUGUGGCCAUCUUUCUUCCUCUCGCUAACUUCGUGCUACUAAACUACAUUCGGUUACCCGCGCAUUGGGCCGACUUGUGGAUAGCUCGCGGCUCUAUUGUCCUGACUGCCAUUUCAUUCCUCGUCAUCGGCCUUGCAGCACAUCCAGCUAUACUCAUCGUCGGUCUCCUUGUCUAUAAUAUGGGUACAGGCUACAAUGCUGCAAUGCGGUCGGUAUCGAUCCAUGUUGUCGGUGGGCAAUCAAGCCACGAUAUCGGCAAGCUGAUGAGUACCAUCGCAAUUGUCGAGAGUCUUGGUGCGUUGGUUGCCGGUCCACUGCUUAAUCAGCUGUUUCAAUGGGGUAUGGGCAUGGGCAGUAUAUGGCUCGGCUUGCCGUUCUUGGCUGGCAUGCUGGUGUUUGCUGGUCUUUCUAUCAUCACCUUCAAGAUUGACGUGGAUGAUAAGGAAGCUGCGUAUACUGAAGUACAGAGUGAAGCUGGAGAUGACUUGUUUGAGAUGCAGGAGAGAGCUAGCACAUCUGCUCUCGAGCGUGAAGGUGUUCACCGGCACUCUACAUCGAGAGACUCCAUAAGUUUCCAACGUUGA